AUGCUAAAUUCUGUCACUUACUUGCAAUCUGCUAGGCGGGCCAGAAUACAAGUAAUUAGGAGCAAGAAAAGGUCUCCACCAUUUUUUCAAGAAAAUUGCUUCCUUUUCCGGCAGACGAUUGUAAAGGCAAGCGACCUCUCAACCCAAAUCGGGUUUGAACGCGUCUUCCUCUCUUCUUUUUCUUCAUUUACUUCUUCUUCUUUCUUCUUCUUCUUCUUCUUUUUCUUCUUCUUCUUCUUCUUCUUCUUCUUCUUUCUUCUUCUUCCUCUUCUUCUUCUUCACUUCUUCUUCUUCUUUCUUCUUCUUCUUCUUCUUUCUUCUUCAUUUCUUUUUUCUUUGUUUAUUUCUUAUCGGGUUUAUUAUUUUCUUUAUUUCUUUUUUUUUGUUUUCUUCCUUAUGGUCUUUCUUUUUUUCUAUUUGUUCGACUGGGGAAAUCUUCCCAUAUCUUUAUUCUUGAUUCAUUUUUUCGUUCUCCUUUCUGUGUUCAUUCUUUUAUUUUUCUUCUUUCGUAUUUUUCUUUUCUUUUUUUCUUCAUGUUCGUUUUCCUUCCCAGGUUCUGAAGCGGGGGGGAGAGAAGGAAAUGGCGAAAAACAUCUCUCUCUCUCUCUCUCUCUCUCUCUCUCUCUCUCUCUCUCUCUCUUUCCACCUCUCUGUGAUUGCGGUAUGCCAACCGAAUUGAACCUCCCUCUCUCUCUCUCUCUCUCUCUCUCUCUCUCUCUCUCUCUCUCUCUCCGUCUCUCUCUCCAUCUCUCUCCCUCUCCAUCUCUCUCCCUCUCCGUUUCUCUCUCUCCAUCUCUCUCUCUCCGUCUCUCUCUCUCCGUUUCUCUCUCUCCAUCUCUCUCUCUCUCUCCAUCUCUCUCUCCGUCUCUCUCUCUCCGUCUCUCUCUCUCCGUUUUCUCUCUCUCUCUCUCUCUCCGUUUCUCUCUCUCCAUCUCUCUCUCUCUCUCUAUCUCUCUCUCCGUCUCUCUCUCCAUCUCUCUCUCUCUCUCCGUUUUCUCUCUCUCUCUCUCUCCAUCUCUCUCUCCGUCUCUCUCUCCAUCUCUCUCUCUCUCCGUUUCUCUCUCUCUCUCUCCGUUUCUCUCUCUCUCUCUCCGUUUCUCUCUUUCCAUCUCUCUCUCUCUCUCUAUCUCUCUCUGUAAAAUUUUCCAUUAUCUUCCACACGUUGUUUUCCUUUUAUCUCUUCCAUUUAAUCUAAUUGCUUUCUUUCGUUCUUUUUUUCUUUCUUUCUAUUAUUAUACACACGUUUUUGUUUUUUCUUGUUUUCAUUUUUCAUUUCGUUUAAUUUCUUUUUUCUUACCUUGUUUCUUUCUUUCUUUUCCGUUUCCAUUAUCUUAUACACAAAUUUUCUAUUAUCUUAUUCUUACACACUUUUUUCCUUCCUUUCAUUUUCAUUUAUCUAAUUUAUUUUUCUUUCCUUCUUUCUUUCUUUCUUUUCCAUUUCAAGAAUGUUCCAUUACCCAACAAACAAAUCUUCUUUCACACGUUUUUUCCUUUCUUCUUUUUUCAUUUAAUAUAAUUCCUUUCUUUCUUUCUAUUUUCUUUCUUUCGUUUCCAUUUCGGAAAUGUCCCAUUAACCUAUACACGAUGUUUUUUUUUCUUUUUUCAUUUCAUUUAAUUUCUUACUUUCUUUCUUUCUUUUCUUCUUUCCUUUUCGGAAAUGUUCCAUUAAUCUACACACACAUUUUUGCUUUUUACUUUCGUUUAAUUACUUUCUUUCUUUCUUUCUUUUAUUGGUAUUUUUUCUUUCUUUCUUUCUUUCUUUCUUUCUUUCUUUGUAACCUGAUGAAAAAUUCACAAAAUCAUAGCAGUUAUAUGGGAAAAAAGCAAUCGCUCUCUCUCUCUCUCUCUCUCUCUAUCUAUCUAUCAACUGUUUACUCGAUUACCGCUAUUACUACUAACACUACUACUACUAACACUACUACUACUAACACUACUACUACUAACACUACUACUACUAACACUACUACUACUAACACUACUACUACUUGGCUUAAAUCUUAG